AUGGCGUCAACCACACAACUCAAGCUCAACACAGGAGCUACCAUUCCAGCCGUUGGGUUCGGCACAUGGCAGGACAAGGACGCCCAAGAAGAGGCAGUCUACCUUGCCAUCAAGAAUGGUUGCAGGCACAUCGACACUGCUCGUAUCUACGGAACUGAGCGGGCGUGCGCGGCAGGAAUCAAGAAGUCCGGUGUGCCACGAGAGCAGAUCUUCAUCACGACGAAGCUCUGGAACAACAGCCAUGACCCCAAGAGCGUGGAGAAGGCACUCGAUGCCAGUCUGAAGGACCUCGACACGGACUAUGUUGACCUAUAUCUGAUGCAUUGGCCUUCUGCAUUCAAGGAUGGCGAUGACAUGUUUCCCAAGCAAAACGACAAAAUCGUGCCUGGCAACGCAGACUAUGUCGACACUUACAAGGCCAUGGAAGAGUGCUUCAAGAAAGGCAAGGCCAAGGCUAUUGGCGUUUCGAACUUCUCGAAAUCUGAGAUGGAGAGGCUUCUGCAGGAGACCUCCGUCGUUCCGGCGGCCCACCAAUAUGAGUGCCACCCAUGGUUGCAACAAGCCAGCUUCGCCGCUUGGCACAAGGAGAAGGGCAUCCACGUCACCCAAUACUCGCCAUUCGGCAACCAGAACGAGAUUUACUCUGCUGGGCAGAAGCUCGGCAAGCUGAUUGAGGACUCCACACUUGCUGAGAUUGGUCAGAAAUAUGGCAAAUCCGGAGCGCAAGUGGCUCUUGCUUGGGGCGUUGCGCAUGGCAGGUCGGUGAUUCCAAAGUCCAAGACUGAGAGCAGGAUUAAGCAGAAUCUGGAGGGUGACUUCAAGCUGGAUGCUGAGGAUGUUAAGAAGAUCGACUCGCUGGACAAGAAGCUGCGAUUCAAUGACCCUUCGAAGAAUUUUGGAUGGAGCUUCUACGCCGACCUCGAUGGCAAGCUGUCGUAG